AUGGGUUUGAAUGCAUUUGUAAAUUUAUGUGAAUUGCUACAAGUUCAAGGUGGUUUAGACGAAGAUGGUCAUGUUGGCAUAGGCGAGCAAGUAGCAACUUUCUUGAUCAUAUUAGCUCAUCAUACAAAAAAUUGCAGCAUACAAGUUAGGUUUUAUAGGUCUGGUAAAAUUGUUAGUAGGUAUUUUCAUAAGGUAUUAGGUUCGAUUUUGCGUGUCCAAAGUGUGUUAUUUGCAAAGGCAGAUCCUGUACCAGAGGAUUGGUUGUCUAGGAGUAUUAGAUGGCACUUACAUAGAUGUCACAGUCCCCAAGGGGAUAAAUCUAGGUAUCGGACAAGGAAAUCUAGAAUAUCCACCAAUGUCUUUGGAGUUUGCAAUCGGAACAUGAAUUUCGUCUAUGUCCUUAGCAGUUGGGAAGGAUCGGCAUCUGAUUCAAGGGUACUUAGAGAUGAAAUUACUCGACGUAAUGACUUGAAAAUACUUGUUGGGUCUUAUUAUUUAGUGGACGCUGGCUAUACCAAUGGUAGAAGAUUUUUAUCUCCUUAUAGAAAUGUCUGGUAUCAUGUGAAUGAGUGGGCUCAAGGUCAUCGUGCACCACAAAAUCGUCUAGAGUUAUUUAAUAAGAAAGACUCUUCGGCUAGGAAUGUGAUUAAGCGGUGCUUUGGGUUGUUUAAGAAGAGAUGGGCAAUUCUACAAAGCCCCUCAAUCUAUCUAAUUAGAAUUCAAAGCCACAUUAUUAUUGCGUGUUGUUUGUUACAAAAUUUUAUUCUGAUGAACAUGGAUGUUGAUCCCAAGGAAGAUGCAACUCUUUUACCAGAGCAUAUAUCCGUAGGAGAUGACACAAUUGUUAAUGAAGUCGACAUAAUUGAUGUUGUGAAAAGUAGUCAUGAGUGGACUCAAUGGCGUGAGGACUUGGCAACUGAAAUUUGGGAAAUAUGGAGAAGAGAACAUGACGCAUAG